UCUCUCUCUCUUCCGCUCUCUCUAUCUCUCUCUGUCUUUGGUUUGUUUAUUUAUUCAUUUUUUUUAAUAUAUAUAUAUAUUAUGAUAAGAAUUGUACUCUUUCUCAAAUUUUAGCUUCCCAAUUCCUUGGAACAAUAUCUGCAACUGCUUCGCUUAGUCAUUAUUAAAUUACUAAAUUGAAAAAAAAAAAAAAAAAGAAAGCUUGACUUUUCAAUAUGGGUUUCUAGCUUUUAUCUUUAGGAGAAAAUAAUUGCAAUGUGCUUUUUACCAUGCCCGUAGCUGCAAGUUUAGCUUUUCUUACAAUAUUUUAUUGUAAGUAUGCAGUUUAUUAUAGUAUUUGAAAUUUGAGAAUGAAAUAAAAGCUAAUUUGCUUGAACUGGGACCUUUUUUUUUUUUGGUGUUCAUUUUAUUUGGGUUUCUGAUAAUGUUUCAGAUUGUUGUUUGAUAUGGGAAAUUCUGUUCUUGCUCGUUCGAAAUUUGAGAGCCAUAAGCUACUUAUAGAAAUUUUGUAUGAUAGAAAUUUUGUAUGAUUUGGGUUGUCUACUUAAUCUUCUGUCUAUUUUUGCUUAUGACAUAGUGGAUUCUGUGUUAAACGGUUUAUCAAUGAUAAUUAGCAUGCAAUUUCUAAGUUUUUUGUGCUUUAUGGGUGAUAAAAACAGCAAAGAAGCUUAAUUUAAUUGGGUAGAUUAGGUUGUGAAGAAGUAGAAGAAGGACUCUAAGCAGAGUUUUUUUUAUGGACUGGAACUUGAAAGCACCUUCUUGGGAUUUUACUGACUUAGAGCAAGAAACUUUCCCCACCUUAGACUCUGUUGAUGGGUCUAGUAGCUGUGGAGAACAUAGAACUAUCAAAGGGGAGUUUUCAGUUGAUUUGAAGCUUGGUCGAGUGGGUAAUCCAGGCAAUGAGUUGUUGGAUAUGUGGAAGGAGCCUGGGCUCCCAAAAACUACAUCUUCGCCUUCUGGAUCAUCGAAGAGGGCACGAGGAGCUUACAAUGGAUCUCAGGUAGUGUCAUGCCUUGUUGAUGGGUGUAAAGCUGAUCUAAGUACUUGUAGGGAUUACCAUAGACGCCAUAAGGUCUGUGAGCUUCACUCUAAAACUCCUCAGGUCACAAUUGGGGGCAAUACGCAACGGUUUUGCCAGCAGUGCAGCAGGUUCCAUUCCCUGGAGGAAUUUGAUGAAGGAAAGAGAAGCUGUAGGAAACGUCUUGACGGACACAACAGGAGACGAAGGAAGCCCCAGCCAGAACCACUAUCGCGUACAGGAGCUUUGUUGUCUAGUUACCAAGGCACCCAAUUAUUGCCAUUUUCUACUUCACUUGUAUAUUCCUCAACCCCGCUUGUGAACCACAGCUGGGCUGGAGUUGUCAAGACCGAGGCAGAUCAUGCGGGGCUUCAUAACCAGCACACGAAUCUACCUCUGCUGGAUAAACAAAACUUGUUUCUUGGGUCCUCUUCCAGCAGUAGCAGCAGCAGCUAUAAGGGAAGGAAGCAGCUCGGGGUUUUACUAGGCAAUGACCUUCCAACACUCAACAACCAAACAUCCCUUGAAGUGUCUGUCUGCCAGCCCCUUCUGAGGAGCAUUUCUUUAUCAGAAAGUGGUGGAGGGUCUAGGAGCAAAAUGUUCUGUGACAGGUUAACAACACAAAUCCAUGACUCGGAUUGUGCUCUCUCUCUUCUGUCAUCACCGCAGACACAGACAUCCGAGAUAGGUUUGAGACACAUAGUGCAGCCUAACUCGAUCUCUCUGGUGCACCCUGUAGGACCCCCCAGCCUCCAUGGGAACAGUUUGGAGCCAAUUGAUUCUGUUUUUGUCUCUAAUGGAAGUGAUGCAUCAGUUCACUGUCCAGGAAUGUUUCACAUGGGUUCUGAUGGGUCCCAAGGGAAUGAAGCUCCUCAAACACUUCCCUUUCACUGGGACUAAGUAAAAGAUGCUACAAGGCUUAUCAUGCAGCUAAACAUAAUGUAAUUUGUAUUCUCUUUGCCAUUGAUUUUGAUUUUGGAGAAUCACUUUUUUCUGCCCAAAAAUCCAAGUGUUGGAUUAUUUUUUCUCUACCAUGAUGAACAACUGUCAUUUCCUUUCAUUUCUAACAGUAACUACUUUGGUUCCAUUAUUCACAUCA